GAGUCAAAAUCUAGUCAAGAUCCGAAAGAAUGUGCGAUGAAUAUGUUGAAAAGAUUAUGUGUGGAAGGCUCAAUGAAUGAAGACAUGUUCAAAGUUGGAUUAUCGAAGGUUUUCUUCAAAGCAGGUGUUCUGGCUCAUCUGGAGGAUCUUCGAGAUGCAAAACUCACGCAAUUGAUUUCAGGUUUUCAAGCCCAAAUACGAUACUUCUUUGCAUUGAUCGAUUUGAAAGAACGUGAAAAACGUUUCGCGGCUGCACUGAUUAUUCAACGUAAUGUUGGCCAAUGGGCUGGUGUGAUCGGUUGGAGUUGGUUCCGAUUGUACGUCGAUACGAUACCAAUCAUUCAAGAGGCGAAACGUGGGGAAAUUCUCGACACGCUUCGUUCGAACAUUGGCGAAUUCGAGCAGAAACUCGCUGGACGACAGCAAAAACGUGAUGCGCUUGAGCAACAGUUGAAGGCGAUUUGCGACGAAAAUGAACGAAUUGCCGAAGAAGUGCGCAAUUCAGCGAGUGGUAACGUAGAAGUGGAACACGAGAUGCAAAAAAUGUUAGAGCAACAAUCCAUUAUUGAGAUACAAAUCAAUGAGUCAGAAGCGAAACUGAACGACGAGAAACGAAAAACGGAUGCCGAAUGUGAAGCCGUUAGCAAACUAGCAAAAGAGCUGCACUCAAUGCAAUCAGCUUUACAGAAUACUGAGUUAACGAAAAGCAAAAUGAACGCUGAACAAAUGUCGCUAACGAAUCAGAUACGCUCACUCAGCAACGAGAUUGCACUUCAGAAACAAAACCUCACAAAACUCAGCAAACAAUCUAAUCAACAACAACAACUCAAUCAACAAAUCGUACAACAACUCGAAACAGCCAAAAAACAUAAUGCAGACCUGCAAAACGUUCAGUCAAGGCUAAUGAGCGCUAUUAGCGCUGCUGAAAGGUCGUUGGAUGCUCAGAAAACAGCCACCGCCGAUACGGAAAGAGCUAAAAGGAAACUGGAAGGUGAAUUGAAAGUGGAAGAUGAGAAUUUGAAAGAAGUUAGUAAGGAGAAGGAGGAUUUGGUGGGUGCGUUGCGACGAAAAGAGACGGCAUUACGUGAUGCGCGGAGAGAUGUUGACGAUCGACGAGCACUUCAGAGGAAAUUAGCAAAGGAACUGGAACGUGCGGAUGCACAUGUUGCAGAUACUGGAGAGGAACUUCGAAGUGUGCACGAGGCGCGAUUGAGCAUCGAGUCGAGUUGUGCUCAGAAGCAAUCCGAAAUCGAUGAACUUUGCGCUCAACUUGAUCAACAGACCAGCGCGAAUCAAACGCAACAAGAGAGAGGUAAACGACUGGACGUUGAAAUCGCUCAACUAAGACGUCGAUUCCAGGAAUCAAACGCCUCUCAUCAAUCCGAAAUCCGCUCAACAAAAUUCAAAAGUCAAACGGCGAAUGAUGAAUUGAAUGAUCAAAUUGCGGCACUGAAAAGGUACGUUGACAAAUGUAGUCAAGAGAACCGUCAAUUACGGAAACAGAUCGCAAAAAGUACAAAGGAACUGGAAGAAACUACCAAGGCGAAAACGGAUGCUGAAAAAACACUGGAACCUUCGCAAGAGGCGAUCUCUGAGCUUCGCACAAAGAGUGUCGAGCAACAGCAGGACUUGGAAGCAUUGAAUUCAGUGAAUCGUCAAGUAACCACGGAAAUCGGUGAGCUGAGGUCACGCCAAAAAGAACUAGAGCAAGAACUGGCUGAAAUGUUACUGGCGAAGACAUACGUGGUGAAGCAAUUGAACGAAGUGAGUGGAAUACGCACGGACGAGAGUGGCAAACGACAAGCUGUCAGUUCGCAAAUCAAAAAUCUAGAAUCCGAGAAACUUCGACUACAAGCAACACUGGAGGAUGAGAUGAGAAGUACGGAUGAGGCACGUCGAAAGCUAGCCGAAAUGAACGCUGAACUCGGGCAUUAUAAAGGUCGCUUCAAUGAAAUCAAUACAUUGGUUUCAAAUGAUACAGUUGAAAGUUUGAAACGGCAGUAUAGCGAACAAAUAGAAGAAUUACGUAAAAGAGUCGAAGACGCGAAUUUUCGAAUCGUUAACGCGGAAAAGGACAGAAUGAGAAUGUUGUGUGAAUCAGAGGAUAUCAAGAAGGAAGUGGAUCGUUACAAGGCGAUUAUAGCGCAGUCAGAAAGGCGAUCAAAUCAACUGAAUGCAGAGUUGAAUGAGUGGAAAAGAAAGGUCAGUGAAGUGAGUCAAUUGCUGGAUGAAGCACAACGCAAUGCACAAAUUCAAAGUGCUGAUUUAUAUGGUGAACAAACGACAUACGAUAAACUGAUAACGGAUAUGCAAUCAAUUGAACACGAAAAUCAGCAGCUACAAAAGGAGAACAACGAGCUAGGUGAACAGUUAGUGGAAGCAUCGAAAAUGCUGCAUGAAACGAGGAAACUAACGAGAAAUUUAGACAUGGACAAGCACGAACUGCAACAAACGAUCGAUCAAACAGAAACGUUGUUGGAGAUGGAGCAAGGAAAACUGGAGAACUUACGAAAUGAAAUGAGCAAACUCAAAGAAGAUGCUGACGACAGAUUGGUGCAUAAGGAUGAACAGACGGAAAACAUGAAAGUCACUCAUCAGCGAGCGAUUCAGAGCGUGCAGGAAUCAUUAGAGGCGAUCAAAAAUGAAAAAGCUGAAUUAAACCGUACGAAAACAAAGCUUCAAUUGGAUGUUAACGUGUUAAUUGACGUGAUACUUUGUCUGGAAAUGAUUUCACGCAAUAAUGUGGCUAGAGUGCACUGNGUAGCAGCCAUUGAGUCUGAGAAAGAGGAUUUAAAUAAAAAGGCGGACCAGAUGAAGAAUUCUUUGAAACAGUUCGGAAAUGAGAUACAAGAAAUGAACGAACAUAAUGCUGACUUGUCUGCAAAAAGCAACGAUAUAAGUCUGGCACUGAAGAAGCUUGAAGCCGACAAACUGAUAGCUGCGACUCAACUGGAUGAAGCAUUCAACGAACUGAAAACCUGUGAAGAACGCUCGAAACAAAUCAGAGCUGAUGGUGCGCGUUUCAGCGAGUUACUGGCCCAACAACAAAAGCAAUCUGAACAAACUGAUCAACUCAAAAAAGCGCUUGAAGUUCAAAUCAGAGAACUACAAUCCAAAAUUGAUCUGUCUGAAAUGACAAUUCUACGCUCUACGAAGGGUAGCGGUACACUUCUGGCUAAGCUCGAGUAUCGCUAUAAAACGCUAACGGCUGAAAUUGAACUGGAAAAACAAAAAUAUCAACAGGUCGCAAAGACGAUUGCGAAAUGCGAACGUAAGUCGAAGCAGUUGCAAUUUGAGAUUCAGGAAAAUGAGAAUGGCAUCAAUAGAUUGCGUGAAACCUCCGAAAAACUGCAGCGUAAACUGAAGGAGCAAAAAACACUCAUCGAUGAAGCGGUAUGUUCAUUUGGCAAAUUCUUUGAAAUUCACUGA